GUAGGCAGCGCACAAAAAAUAGAAGUCAACAAAAAAGAGAAAAUGCCACUCGUACAGUAAACUUCCAGCGUUCAGAUCCCAGUAUCUGCGGCGUGGUGGCAAUACAUAUAUCUGCUUUACAAAGGAGGAAGGAGCAGGACCAAGGGCCAAGGACCAAGGAUGUCGGGGCGCCUUAACCACCAGCACGCGGCGUAUGCGCAUCGCAUGGAACAGGAACACAACCGGGUGCAGGCCACACAGGCAGUGAACAGCUACUACAGCCAUUGGGGUAAGGUCACAUCACGCUUCGAAAACUGGACCAACAAAGAGUACUAUGAGAAGGCGGAUCAACAGCUGCAAUCCCGUCGCGAUCAGCAGGAGAAGGAGGCAGCUCUUAAUGAACGUCGGUCCAGACUUCGCCAGCUUCUGGCCUCGGAGAGCGAAGAGUACAACAACGAGAUGGAGCGACGUCGCCGGCCUCGGGAACCCGGUGGUGGAGACCUCCAGAUGCUUGAUCGGGUUAACCAGUCGCUUAAGGAGCAAGAGCAACUGCGUCGCAAGCUCGAGAUGGAAGCCAAGUUGUACGGCCGCUGGCGUCAUGGCGUCGACGAUGAAAAGCUGCUCUACCAGUCCAAGUCGGACAACGAAGUGCUGGCCAAGCUCAACUGGCUGGACCGCCAGAUCGAGAGUCAGCAGCAGCGCGAGGAGCAGCAGGCCCUGGCCGCGGAGAGGCAGCUCCUGCUGCAGCAGGAAAUCAGUCGCACGGAACAAGCUCAAAAGGAGCGCCAGCAGAUCCGGGAGCAACAAUUGCGCGAACUGCGUGCUCUGCAAGAAUCCCACAUGUCCGAGCUUCGUCUGCGACAGCAGGAGGCGGACAAGUUGAAGGAGGAGGAGCAGCACUUCCAGCUCUUCCUGGGCGAACUGGACAAAGAGCGGGAAUUGCUGGAGGAGAGCAGUGCUCUGGUGCUCAAACAAGUCGAUUCCGGACACGCCUUCAACCUCAAGAAGAUUAAGGUCUUCAUCCGGCAGCGUAGUGAGGCCAGUCGGAAGCAGAUCUCCCUGUGCAUCAACAUGCUGCAUCGCAUGGCCAAGUAUGUGGUCAAGACGGAGGAGCUAAAGACCCUGCUGGACAAGUACCGCUCCCAGUUGGAGAACGAGGAACUGGCCUGCGCCCAGAUCGAAAGCAUGUACGAGUCAGAGGCCAAGUACAACCUACAGCGCAGUGAGGAAAACUGGCGGGAACAGCACUUGCAGCGCUACGGAGAGCUAAGCAAGUUCAUUGACCAGGAGAAGGAUUGCCUGGGCGCCAUGCUUCAGGAGAAUGUGAGCCAGCAGCAGACAUUGGUGGAGCUGAGGAGCCAACACCUGACUGGCAUCGAGCAGGCCAACAAGCAGCUGGAGCAACUUAGCCAGGUGCAGGCGGACGAGGUGCCGGCACCAUCGCAAAGUAAUCUCAAGGAGGUCGAAUCACAAUCUUCAGUUUCCGAGACUUCCGUGGAGGAGAAUCUGCUGCCCAAGGUGAGCGAUUCGUUCUCCAAUCUGAACCUGGAUGUGUGGAAGGAUCUGCCCCCAGCUCGCAGUGAAGUCGACAUGCAGCGCCUAAACCAAUCCCGAUCCCUCAGUGUGGUCACCUCGCAGACAGCCGCUCCGCCGAAGUUCGCACGCAAGCGUGUGGCCUGGACCUAACAUUUCAAUUCCAUAUUAUCGUCUUUGUUCCAGUUAAAAUUUCAAUGGUAUUAAUAGACAUAUUGCUAGUUAAGUCCCAGUUUAGCAAUAGUUUAACUUCUUGUGCAACCCCUUCACACACUUUACCUACACUCCACUACAUUUCAAUGCACUCCAGCCCCAUGAAUACCACUCCACCCAAGCGAACACCACUAUGUGCACUUGUAGUUGAUAAGGCUGAUAGAUAGGCGCACCCCCCUACCCCCCGAAAUGGGCGCAAUAAAUUACUCAAUUUGUGGGCCAGCAGGAUGUAAGGCUUUAAUUAUUGUCAAGCGGCUCAGUCAGCGGGUUACUGCCACAUAUCUGGUUUUGCAUAUACUUUGUUGACUCGAAUAACAAAUUUAUCUGGUAAGUACAAAUAUUGUGGUUGAAAAGAACUAGCUGGGCAUACAACAAGUCAGAAUAGCAAGCCGCUUAGUGCAAUUCGUCUGGGGAAGUGCAUGUGAUGGGCGUGUCAAGUGCAGAGUGUUUGGAUUUCAAAUUGUCCAAUUAUGGCAUACACACAACUCCCUCGUUGCAGAUGCGAUUAGCAUUCAAUCGAAAUUAAUAUUUGUAGACUCGAGGCAAGUCUCUGGACGGUUGCUGAAGUAAUAAGGUUACACACACACACACACACAUUAUUUAAUGCAGGUUAUUCAUCAUCUAUUUGAAUAGAUUGCCGACACUCGCCCAAUCUUCAUUCCAUCAACCGUAAGCUGCUCCUAAUGGCCAAAAUGCUCGCAAAUGAUGAUGAAUACGUUUCAAUUACUCCACUCGAACUCUCCAUCAUCAGAACCAGAAUCGGAAUCGAAAACAGUAUCAAAAUCGAAAUCCGGAUCUGCAACUAAAUGGGAAUCCGGGAGUGAGCAUAAUAUUCUGGCGUAUAACUAAAGUACGAUAUUUCGAUAUCAUUUGAUUGGUGCCUGGGCCAGUUCUCAAGGGGAUCCGUCCGUUCGUUCAUGAAAUGUUGUUUAUUGAUAUCUGCAUUUGUUUCCGUCCAGAGUCGAGCCAUCGAAAGACGCUCCACUCGCUCGAUUUAAUGGCAAUAAAAGCCAGGUAUAACAAGAUAUGCAUGUGCUGUGAUAAGGCCACGUGUAUAAAGGGGUUUGCAUGUGCACAUGUAUAUAUAUGUAGAUGGAGGGAAAUAUGCCAAGCGCAUCGCAGCGCCUUUGAUUAAAUUUCUUUGAGUGUUUGGGGCACACAAAAUGCAAUUUCAUUUGCACUAAUGGCUGGCGUCGCUGCCUCUGUCGGCUGCACUUCCGCUGCCAGCCAGCAACAAUGCAGCGUCGCUGCGGCGCAGCAGCGGAGGCAAACUGGGCAAAAAACUGCAAAGGAGAGCGAAAAAACAACAAAACGAGCGAAAAAAGAUUGUUAAAUUGAAUUAAAACCAACAGCGCAGCGGGAGCGCUGGGUGGUGGUGGGUGAUGCAGUGGAUGGGUGGUGUUUGCCGCCAGCGCCGGCCAAGCGGAAGGUAUAUCAUGAUGCGAAGAAUUGCAUGCCGCUCCAAAGCAGAAGCAGCAAAAAGCCUUCACCCCGUCUACCGGCAUUCGUCUUUAAUGGUGUUACUGCCACGGUGGCCAUUACCAACUCUUUGGGCCAUCUGCACAAGGUUUGUUCAAGCAAUAAACGGAAUUUGAAGGCUUGUUCUGCCACCCACUUCAUCCAGCAAGAAGCCCACAAAAGAUUACAAUGUUUGUCGGGCUGUAAAGAGAGCUGAAACUAUUAUUUUUCUCCAGAGCCCUUAAAAAAGAAGUAACAACAAAGUUCAAAAUUCAAUUGUAUUAUAU